ACAAUAGAUAAUGGUGGAUGCGUAUGAAACAGUAUGUGUAACUGGAGCCGGAGGGUUUGCUGCCUCCUGGAUUGUCAAGCUUCUACUCUCCAACAACUAUGUCGUCCAUGGAACCGUCAGACAACCAGGGGAUAGCAAGUAUGAUCACUUGAACAAGCUGGAGAGAUCACCGGAGAACCUGAAGCUGUUCAAGGCAGAUUUGCUGGAUUAUGAGUCUCUGAGAUUGGCGAUUUCAGGAUGCAGUGGAGUGUUCCACGUGGCCAGUCCUGUACCUUUUCCAACUGCCAUAACAGACCCCGAAGCAGAAGUACUUAAACCAGCUGUGGAGGGAACCCUUAAUGUAUUGAAAGCUUGCGUAGAGGCCAAAGUGAAGAGAGUUGUUGUUGUGUCGUCUAUAGCUGCUGUUGUAAAGAACCCGAAUUGGCCCAAGGAUCAAGUGAAAGACGAGAGAUGUUGGUCUGAUCCGGAAUAUGUUAGGUCCACUAAGAAUUGGUAUUAUCUUUCCAAAACACAAGCAGAAGCUGCAGCCUUGGAGUUUGGAAGAAGCAGUGGACUUGAUGUUGUAACUGUUUGUCCUUCUCUUAUCAUGGGGCCACUGUUGCAAUCCACUCUGAAUACUAGUAGCUGGCUCCUGCCUAUGGGAUUCAAAGGCGGGUUUGAGAAGGUGGGCUACAAUUACUGGACGGUGGUGGAUGCUCGUGAUUUAGCUGAUGCACUGCUUCUUGUAUACAAGAAAUCUGAGGCUGGAGAAAGAUACAUAUGCACAGCACAUGCAAUUGGGGUAGAAGAAGUAGUGGAGAAGUACUUGAAGAUUUCACAUCCCAACUACAACUAUUCUCCCGAGCUUACGCAUACUAAGGAAGAAGAGGAGAAGCUGAGUUCGGAAAAAUUGGAGAGGUUGGGUUGGAGUUACCGGCCAUUGGGGGAAACUCUUAUUGAUUCCAUUGAAAGCUACCAGAAGAUUAGAGUCAUGGAUUAG